UCUGCCGUUGUGUGUUGUGGGGCUUGAUCGACUCCCUCGCGAUACUCUUCCGGCCAACGAGACCCAGCAGCUGCAUACAUAUUCGCACUCCCACUCUCAUUUGCGCCUGCAUCCGCAUCCGCAUUCGCAUGAACGAACGGCUCCCGCCUGCGACGGAAACCGUCCAGCCCAACAAGAGACAGCGGCUGGACAAGCCAGCCGAGACCGCCAAGAUCGAGAGAAUCAUCGCCCAUCGACUGCACGACAACAAGCUGUACUUCCGAGUCAAACACACCGGCUCGACAGACGUUUUCUGGGUCGGGCACGAUGAGGUCGUUCCCAAACUCUUGGUGCUGCUUUACAAGCGGACAUGUUCCCCAGCCGACGCCCUGGAUCUCUCUGAUGAAUACUUGACUCAACGACCGGCAAGGGAGUCGCCAUUGCCGUCUGUGGGCAUCACCCGCGCGACUGAAGGAUCUGCUCGCACAGCCGCUCCUGCACCAUCGCUGGACCGAGAUGCCCCAUCGCCAAGUGGAGUUGCACCCUCCAGGAGCGAGGGUGCAAGAGAAUCGGCGCCUGCGACCAGGCCGGUACCGGUUUCGGCAGCCACACAGCCAGUAUCGGGCAAAUCGACCUCGACACUGCAGCCAGAAUCAGGACCCAAGCGAGCGCCCAUGGCGAGAAAGUCCCUCGGCGGACCGAAAUUGCCCAUAUCGACGGCGAACCAGUCCCCCGCCUCGACGAGCGCAUCGGGUCUCGGGCCACCCGCCGGUGCAGCCCAAGCACAGGCUCAAGACGUGCCCUCGGCAAGCUCACCAACGAAUGCGCAGGCCAUCAACCCCGAUCUAACGCCGAGGGUCGAACAACGCCGCCAAGAGCCAGUUCCGUAUCCAAGCUCGGGUUUACACGAUGUGAAGAUCGAAAAUACCAUCGACGGGGACCUAGGACCAAGUGGAUUCGCCUGGGUGGAGGCAAACAUCUUUUGCGAUGCGCAAAUAAUCACAAGCUUCUCGAAGGCUCAAUCUGUCGUCAGCUGCCAAUGUUCGCUGAUAAUCAAGACACAGGUGUGCAGACCGAGGACUUGCGAAUGCUACAAGGGCAAAGACUACGAGUUUCCUUACGAUAAUAAUCGAAGGCUCGCCCUCGGCGCUGGAAGGCCCAUCAGAGAAUGCGGCAAGAAAUGCGCGUGUAACCUCGAAUGCCCUUCCAGAGUGGUCCAACGAGGACCAGAUAACAGACGCAUUGGCCAAUUGGUGCUCUUCAAAACCCGGAACAAGGGUUGGGCAGUGCGCUGUACUCAGGACAUAAAGCAGGGAACCUUCAUUGGAGAGUAUGUCGGCGACGUGCGUCGAACCGGGCACGAUGCGCCAACAAGCUCUAGGUACAUAUUCGGAUUGGAUUACAACACCCACGGGGACCCAAAGUACGAGAUCGAUAGCGAACGAAACGGAAACAUCACUCGAUUCUUCAAUCAUUCCUGCGAAGCCAACUUGGUCCAGCGUGCGGUGUUCAUCGACGAGCCCUAUGACUCCGAGUUCCAUCGCCUCGCUAUCUUUGCGCUGCGAAACAUCAACAAAGGUGAGGAACUCACCUUGGACUACAAUGGAGAUAAACGGCUGCAAACGCCAGAAGUCGAAAUAUCGAAUGAUGACUUCCCGUUUGAUUGCGAUUGCGGAAGCCGAAAGUGCAGAAGACCGACCGCUGUGCAGCCCCUGCCAACAGGCCGGUUUAUGGCCCGAAAAAAAUUGUCUGGGAAACCCCGAAAGAAAUCGUAACGGCGAGCGAUGACUCCACCUUUCGGGCGCCUGUGAGCUGCCUCGAGUACCAGAGCAGUUCGAUCGCCGAAUAUACGCGACGGCAUGGUGAUUUGUGGUCCUGUGCAUCAUUAAUGAUGGCAUUGAGCCUUCUUGGGGGCAGACAUGCAAUGUGAACAUCACCCACUCUGUCCAAGUGCAUGAUACGCCCCUUCAACAAGCUGUAUCAUCUAAAUGACUGCUUGAACGUCACUUGGCAAUAAAAUACUGGAAGUGCUACAGUA